UGCGAGAGUGAGCUGAAUUUGAAAUCCUUACAAAUGUUUGUUCGGACACUAGAAGCCGUGCGUUCAAUAUACUGCCUUGUCCCGCUGCGGUAUAAAGCUCACAAGCUGGGUGUCCAAAUCUCCAUUGUGCCUGCAUCAUCUCCGUCACAAUGGCAGCCGCUCUCAUCAGCUUUAUCCUCACCCAAAGCAUCCAUGCCGCACCGAUCUCUCAACAUCCCCCACCCAACAGUACAGAUUUCUCCAUAAAUUACUCGGAUGCGUGUAACGAUCUGCGCCACUGUCGGACUAUGUGGAGCAUGGUAUACAGCUGCCUCCUUACGAUAUUCGCUUGUGUUUGGACAGCACUCCAUCCAGAAGUGCCUGAGCAAUAUUCGGCUUGGUCGUUUGAGCGUGGUUCUCGUAACCUUGAAAUGAUUUUGACGUUGGUUUCGCCGGAGCUGGCUGUUAGGGCUGCAUGGACUGAGUUCUCCAAGGCAUGGAGAAUAUCUCAAAAGUGUGCUGGAAUUCAAGGAUGGACACUCACCCAUUCAUAUUUUGUUAUUAUGAGUGGCUUCUUCGACUCUUCCAAACAAAAACUAGUGAAGCCAGAUGGAAAUGAAGAUCCUUCUACUCUGUUCGAGAAAUAUCCCGGCAUAAUCGACAAGUCGGGAGGUCAGAGAAAGGUCGCAGUAACAAGGGAGGGGGUCCUCGACAGAAGCAAAGGCAGCUUUUUUUCAAAGUCCAUUGUCAUCCUCCAGUUACUGUGGUUCACCACUCAGUAUGUUGGACGGUGGGCAAGUCAUCUCCCCAGGUCACAACUGGAAGCGAUGACUCUUGCUUAUGCGGCACUCAGCAUCUUUGUUUCUGCUUUGUGGUGGCACAAACCACUGGACGUCCAUUUUUCGAUCGAUGUGACGGAAGAGACUGAGCCCAAUCCCUCGAGUUCCGAAGCCGUCACUGAUCCAGUACUGCCCAAAACGGAGAACGCGUCAAAUCCGAUUUCCCCUGCAGCGAAGAUCAUGGAGGCAAAUCCCGUAUGGAUAUUUUUAGUCACUGGUAUUAUUUUUGGUGGGAUUCAUUGCCUCGCAUGGUCAUAUCCAUUUCCGACGCGUGUGGAGAAACUUUUGUGGCGCAUAUCUGCGAUAAUUAUUACUGUGGGCCCUGGCCCUUUGGGGUGGGCCUUAGUCAGCAGUGCAAAGAGAAGUGAGUCCCUUUUAACUCUCUUCAUGCUUUUUUAUGCUAUUGCUCGGAUUAUCCUGUUCACUCUCACAUUUACGUCUUUGCGAUCUCCACCCCCCGACCUUUACCGAACUACAUCCUGGACGUCUUUCAUCCCCACCUAGGAUAGCAUAAUCGUAGACACAUAGUAUUGUCGCUCUGCGUAAUGAGAAACAGUAAGAUUGUAGUAUUGGG